CUAGACAAGAAAAGUAGGGCAAGAGGACAGGAGGGGGGACCUAAUACCCUAUAUAACCCUUUUUAGGCCCUCGCCCCCUCACCUCCUACUCCUCGUUUCCUCUCUUCUCUCUUUACAUCUCACUCUCUCUGUAUUUCUCUCUUUCAGUACAGACCCUCUUUCUCUAUCACAUUCCUUUAUCACAUUGUCCUGUGCCGUGCACGGUCAAUAAGUCAUUCCUUUGAGAAGCCCCACUUUCCUUUACUCUGACCUUCUUUAUCUUGAGAACCGGUCUUCUCUCUUCUUGCAACCCAUUCGAAGUUCCAAUCUCAUCACAAUGGUCUCCUUCACCAAGCUCCUAGCCGCCGGUCUCCUGGCCUCUUCCGCCGUGGCCGCGCCACAUGCCCACAAGCACUCGCACAUGCAUGUGACGAAGCGCUCCUCUAGCAAGCGCGGUGCUGCCUACAACGAUGCCUCGACCGUGGAAUCCCUCAGUACCGGUGGUGCCAUUUCUUGGGCCUACGACUGGAACAUGGUUGCCGCCGGCACCCUGCCCUCGGGGGUUGAGUUCGUCCCCAUGCUCUGGGGCAGCAAGAUGUUCGGCGACUGGUUCAACACUAUCCAGACCGUGCUCGCCAGCGGCUGCUCCUACAUCAUGGGUUUCAACGAGCCCGAUGUCAGCGCCCAAGCCGGCAUGUCUCCCUCGGACGCCGCCCAGUCUUACACCAAGUACAUCACACCCUUCAGCGGCAAGGCCAAGCUGGUCACCCCCUCCGUGACCAACGGGGGCGGCAACGACAUGGGUCUGGGCUGGAUGCGUCAGUUCCUCGACGCCUGCACUGACUGCGGCAUGAGUGUGCUGGCCGUCCACUGGUACGGCCAAUCGGCCGACGAAUUCAAGACUUUCGUUACGCAAGCCCAGGAGCUCGCUUCCAAGUACGGACUGGAGGAAACCUGGGUGACCGAGUUCGCGCUCAGCAGUGCCAUGACCGCCGGCUCGUCUGCCCAGGAAUCCGCCGACUUCCUGAACGAGGUCAUCCCUUGGCUUGACUCGCAGAGCGGAAUCGGUCGGUAUGCCUACUUCAUGUGUGCCGAUGGCUAUCUGCUCGAGGGUAGUGAAUUGAGCGCCAGUGGAAAGGCCUACACCUAUCUCUCUUGAGUUGGGGUGUUGUGGUCUAUCGGUAAAUAUUUCUUACAACAACGGAUAAAAAAUUGGGAAAGGAUCGGUCACUGGUGUUUUUUUUCUUUCUUUCUUUUCUUGUUUACGGGUAGGAUGCAUUGUUUACUUGGGUUCGGUUACCGAUCCAUGGGAUCCGGUGUAUCUAGGAGUUACUCUGUGAGGAAAACUCUUCAUCAACGCUUCUAGACCUCUUAUCCAAGACAUUUAGUUCAGUGUACUAUUUCGCACUAAAUGACAAGAGGGUACAAUCAGUAACAAGAAGCAACUCCUCCACAGAAACCAAUAAAUGUAAAGUGACAUGUGCUCAAACUAUUGACGCAGAACCAUGGUUCUCGGCCCGGAGAUGCAAGCACAUUGGUCGACCCCUCGCCCUGAAACCACGGAAUUGUUACAUCUGUGACAAACAAAGAACGUUCUAGGAAGGGAUUGGUGGGUUUUCGGUUUCAUUUUUUCUUAUUCUUGUUCAGGUAAUUGAUCAUUGUUGGUUUAUGGAGGAUGGGGUUUCGGUAGAUUUAAUUAGAGAUACUAGUAGUUUUGUCGGUCAGUGGGGGGCUAAGUUGUCUUUUUCUUUCUUUUUCUUUCUAGUCUACUCUUCCUUCCCUUCUUUCUUGUUCAAUGACUGGUUAGUCAUCUAAUUGAUCGUUUUUG